AAAUGAAUGGGGAGGGGGAAAAAAACCCGCCAAGCUUGGCAUGAUCUAGAGAUGACAAAGAGGCCAGAUGUUUAAAAUAUUUUCUCAGCCAACUAAUUCAAUUCCGAGAAGGCAAACGUCAUGACAGGAAGCAAUAUAACAAGCUACAUUUUUAAAACCACACAUUGACAAACCCCUUUUUUACAAUUGCUGGAGGGAAAAAAAAUGAGAACAAAUAGGAGACAAAAUUUAUAGUCGGCAGAAACAUUUCAUUCGUUGAAAUCGUCAGAAUGCGAGAGAACGAUUAUUGUGCAGUCGAUGUUGUUGAAUACGCAAUGGAUUUGGUCCAAAUGAAGCAAGAUCCCACUGCUCUUGGGCAUCAUCAACAUCGCAAGAUGGCCUCCUCCGCAGAUCAAAAAAACUCACGAGUUGAAGUGGAUAGAGGCAUACCGAGUCACGUGGGUCCUGAAAAACAAUUGCACAGCGGCACAGGUUACAACCUCGUCAUUGACAGUGAAGGAGGAGUUUAUGGCACAAGGGAACCUUAUAACGAAGAAGCAAUUUUACAAUUCCAUUCCAGAAAAGCAGGAGAGGUUCAAAUAAAAGGAAAGAAAUCACAUCUUUAUUUAGGAAUGAAUGAAAGAGGAAAAAUAUAUGCAGAGCUUGAUGAAGAUUCUGAAAAUACUUGGUUCAGAGAAUUGUAUGAAGACGGUUGGAAUCGUUACGUGUGGUUAGGAAAUGAUAAAGAAUGGUACGUGGGAAUAAAGAAGUCUGGAAAGAUGAAGAAAGGACACAGAACGAAGCAUCAACAGCAUGCAGUGAAAUUCGUUCCCAGAUCACCUUUACCAUAGAUAAAUGUCAUUUUGUUGUCUUUAAAGGCCUCGGUUCUUGAAUCCUAAAAAAUUGAGGGAAUUUCUCUCUCCAAGAAAUUGGAUGAUUCGUCGACCAAGUUCUUCAAUCUCACUGAUGGGUCGGAAGAAAAACUUGUUCAUAUUCAACAUCAUACUUAUAAACGUUUAAAAUGACUAAAUAAAUACAAAUAAAAUCAUAAUAACACAAAUAGACCCUAAUUUAUUUGGACUAAAAUAUAUGAAAACAGACAACAUCUGAUGUCUGCUUGUUGAUGUCUUAAGAAGCUGAUUGGUGGAGGGAGAAAAAACUUGGAUGAAAAGAUGGUCAAGGAUUUGGUCCAAGUACUUGGAUGAUCGCUUACGCAAUCCAAGCUCAAGCUUCCAUUAAUCAGUCUUCAUCCAAGAACUUUGGAUCGUCUAAACAGGCCUUUAAGAUAGAAUCUAUUUUGCAAGCAUAAAUUCUUUUAUUCCCAAAAGAUGUUCCGAUAGGAUUCGUUCCGUAGAGGUGUUCCGACAGUUAUGACUUUUUUUUUUUUUUAACCAGUCGAGAUUUUCGAAAACUGUAUUUAAAUUUAUAUUUAAUCAAUAUCAUAUAUUUGGUUUUUCA